GACCAUGUGAAAGCAAUGGAGGAACGAAAAUUACUUCAUAGUUUUUUAGCUAAGUCAUAGAAAGAACUGCCACCGAGAAGAAUGAAAGACAGUUAUAUCGAAGUUCUCUUGCCUUUGGGCAGCCAGCCUGAACUAUGAGAGAAAUAUUUGACUGUUCAAAACACUGUAAGAUUUGGCAGGAUUCUGGAGGAUCUUGAUAGCUUAGGAGUUCUUAUUUGCUACACACACACCAAAAUUCUGUCAUCUAAGAUGUCUCCUUUAUCGAUAGUUACUGCCCAGGUGGGCAAGAUUGGUAUGUGUAAGAAGAGCAUAAGCCCAGAACAGGACUUUAAACUUAGUGGCCAUGUUAGCUGGGUUGGGAAGACAUCCAUGGAAGUGAAGAUGCAAAUGUUCCAGUUACAUGGAGAUGACUAUAAUCCUGUUUUGGAUGCAGCAUUUGUAAUGGUGGCUCAUGAUUCUGAAAAUAAAGAUCCGGCAUUUAUAAAUCCGCUCAUCCUUGAAAGUCUAGAGGAAGAAGAACUGUUUUCUCAAGGAGAAUUGAACAAGGGGCGAAGAAUUGCUUUCAGCUCUGCAUCAUUACUGAAAAUGGCUCCCAGUGCUGAGGAGAGGACAACCAUCCAUGAGAUGUUUCUUAGCGCACUGGAUCCAAAGACUAUAAGUUUUCGAAGUCGAAUUUUGCCCCCUAAUGCAGUGUGGAUGGAGAAUUCAAAACUAAAGAGCUUGGAAAUCUGCCAUCCUCAGGAGCGGAACAUUUUCAAUCGGAUUUUUGGUGGUUUCCUUACGAGGAAAGCAUAUGAACUUGGAUGGGCUACUGCUUGUUGCUUUGGGUGA